CAAAACAUCAGCCCGAUGAUGACUCGCCACAGACGCUACCAUGUCCCACAAAUCCUCUGUGAUUGGUUGGAGCACCUUGGAGGUUAGGUGUCCACGUGGGCGCGGCGUGAUCUCCGACAAGCGUGGUUUGUUGCGCUUUCAGUGGGCUGCUGGACCAGCUGCUUUGAGCUUUCUUUGGGGUAGUCCUCUCCACGGACGAGAGGAGAGAAAGCCUGGCUCAAAAGGUGACUAUGGGAUAAAGGCUGAGGAAGGCACAAAACACUUGGAGAUCGUCCAGCGAAAAAUCUUUACGUCUGGCAGUCACAGUUGCCAUUAAAUGGUAGUGUUCCAGGGCACACAAGGGCACUCCCAACAUUCCAACAUGCCAGUCGACUUGGCCAUGCCGCUGUUCCUCUCGAAGGAUCUCCAUGGCAAAAGGGGCUCCAGGCUGGCGAAGCCCCUGCGCUCUUGCCUGCACCCUAGUGAAGGCCGUCGCCGAAUCACCCAAGUCAAAGUCACGCCGCAGCAGCAGCAGCAGCAGUCCAAAUCGGAGGAGGCGAGCUCGCUCACGCUCAACAACGACAACAACCACAACCACAGUGGGCAGAAGAAGCAGGUGUCCUUCGCCGACCACCGAGGCCUGUCCCUCACGCGGGUGAAGGUCUUCUCCGAGUUCCAGGACCCCAUCGACAUCCCGGUCAACAUCCAGGAGCUGCUGCAGUCCUCUGCGGCGCUGAGCCUCCAGGAGCAGGACGCGGCCCUGAGCCUGGACUUCGCGCCGCCCUCCUCGGACUACCUGCUCCUCAGGCGGCGGCUGGAGCGCGAUCACGUGUGCCUGGAGCACUGCACGCUGAAGGAGCGCAGCCUGACCGGCACGGUCAAGGUCAAAAACCUGGCCUUCCACAAGUCGGUCAAGGUGCGCAUCACCUUCGACACCUGGAAGAGCUACGCGGACCUGGAGUGCCAGUACGUGAAGGACACCUACUACGCGGACGAGGAGCGAGACACCUUCUCCUUCGAGACGUGCCUGCCGGCCGAGCUGAGGCCGCACGAACGCGUGGAGUUCGCCGUGCUCUACGAGGUGGACGGUGUGCAGCACUGGGACAGUAAUGGCGGCGAGAAUUACAGGAUCCUCUCCUCGGCGCUGAAGAAAGAUCUUCAGACCACCACCACCUCUCCGGCGAAGAGCCCUGCUAGUCCGCACGGCGGCGCAGAUGACUGGGGCAUCCACUUUGACCGCUACGGAAGUCCGCGGUGCUCACAUGGCAUCUUUCCUGACUGGCCAGGGUACGCAGGCUACGAUGACAUUGGGCCCUACUACUAACAACCCUCUCAUACCUUUUUUUUAUUUUCUACUUGGAGGGCAGUGUCCUGUGAAUGAAUGCAUUACACAUGGGCAACGUUGAUGGCACAUUCUCCUCCUGCAUUCCUUUGAGGUGUAGGUGGUAGGCCUACCUCCAUCUUACCUCAGAAAGGGACGAUUCUACACCACAGUGCAACAUAUCCAAUGUCCACAUGCACACAUGUAUUUACUUCCCAGUAGCCCUGAUUUUGUUCAGGACAAGACAGGUGUGUGUGUGUGUGUGUGUGUGUGUGUGUGUGUGUGUGUGUGUGUGUGUGUGUGUGUGUGUGUGUGUGUGUGUGUGUGUGUGUGUGUGUCUGCGUGGCUAUGCACUGAGAUAAGCUAUUUGUGUGCGGUGUGUUGUAUUUGCAUGGGUGACCAGGUUGAGGAAGAGCCUGAGUGUUAAUAUGUGUGAAUUAGUAUGCAUGAGUGAGACUGAUGAUGAGAAAACAAGGAGGGUAUGGUGUUUUCUGUCACUGCUGCUAAAAGAUCAGGUCGAUUUAUGAGUGUGUCUGAAGACCUGUAGCAAUAAGACAUCCGGUGCCUACCAAUGGAUUGUAUUUUAAUGUCAGGGUAAUUUCAUUGUUUGCACUGAGGAAAGAUCUCAUGACAGAAAAUGAGAUCCACUAAAUAACCUCUGGUCGUGAUGCAGAGUUGAGAAUAUAAUUUUUUGUCCUUUGAAUUGAUGUUGCACAUAAAACAAUUGUUUAAAAGUUGCAGUAUGGUAUUUGCUUUUAAAUAUUUUGAAAUAUUUUAAUUGUUUUAAUAAUACUUUAUAUGUUUGUCCUGUUCUCACCUCAGAUGCCUAUACUACAAAGCUGGUUCAGGAGUAAACCUGGUUAAGUUAAGAGGUAAAUCAUCUAAUAGAAGAACCUGGUGUCCUCUUUUUCUUAGAAAAUGAGGACUUCAGGCUCUUCUAUUAGAUUUACCUCUUAACUUAACCAGGUUUACUCCUAAACCAGCUUGUAGUAUAGGCCUCAGAUGCACACAUGUUGGGUGACUUGUUAUGGGGAGUGUUUUCUGCUUGAUAUUUCUUGUAGAAGAUAUCAAAUGUGUUUGUUGUACACUGCCACAUGCAAGAUGGUGUUAUUUGCCCCACCUUUCUUCUGUUGUGUCUGCACAUGCACCAAACCACCUUGGAGUCUGUGAAGCAGUGUUUUAAUGUUGGGGCUGCAAUCAAAUUUUCUUUUUAUUCUGUGUGCCAGUGAAAUGUGAAAUUGCCCGAGUGAUUGUACAUGCGUUUACUGGUGUGUGUGAUUUUAAUGGAUGUCUUGUGACUUGUUUCUUUUUUGUUUUUCCGGAAAUUAAUAAACUCAUGUUGUAGCCUA